AUGUCACAGAUGAUCACAUGCAGAGCGGUGGUAUGUUGGGAAGCAAAUGAGACCCCAAAGGUGGAAGAGAUACAAGUGGAUCCCCCCAAAUCUGGUGAAGUCAGGGUCAAGAUGUUGUUUGCCAGCCUUUGCCACACUGACGUCCUUGCCUGCAAGGGAUUCCCUUCGCCGGUCUUCCCCAGAGUUCUAGGACACGAAGGGGUUGGAAUUGUAGAAAGCAUUGGGGAAGGAGUCACGAAGCUGAGGGAAGGAGAUAUUGUUAUACCAACUUACUUAGGGGAGUGCGGGGGGUGCGAAAAUUGUAGGACUGGGAAGACUAAUCUAUGCCAAACCUACCCGCUUCAAGCUUUCACAGGUUUAAUGACUGAUGGCACGCCGAGGAUGUCCUGUCGGGGUCAAAAGCUCUACCAUUUCCUUAGCUGCUCCACUUGGUCGGAGUACACAACUAUUGAUGCUAAUUAUGUUGUCAAAAUUGAUUCCAGAAUUGCUCUUCCACAUGCUAGCUUCCUUUCCUGUGGUUUCACCACAGGAUUUGGGGCAGUCUGGAAGGAAGCCAAGGUUCCAAAGGGAUCCACUGUUGCUGUUUUGGGCCUUGGCGCUGUUGGACUUGGCGUAAUAGAGGGAGCUCGAGGCCAUGGGGCAGCUCAAAUUAUUGGCAUUGACAAAAAUGAAAGCAAACAAGCAAUAGCAGAGGCAUUUGGAAUGACAGAUUUUAUAAACCCCACUAAUUCUGAUAAAUCCAUAUCUGAUUUAGUGAAAGAAGUGUCCGGAGGAUUAGGCGUGGACUACUGCUUUGAGUGCACAGGGGUUGCUCCAUUGGUAAAUGAAGCUCUUGAAGCGACGAAAGUGGGGAUAGGUACAAUGAUAAUGCUCGGAGCAGGAACCCAGAAAAGCAUGGAGAUAAACUUCUCAACGGUCUUGUGUUGCAGAACAUUCAAGUAUUCAAUUUUUGGUGGGGUUAAGGUCCAAUCUGACCUCCCCGUUGUAAUAGACAAAUGUGUUAACGGGGAAAUUAAAAAUCUAGGCGAGCUUUUGACUCAUCAAGUUCAACUAGAAGAAAUAAGCCAGGCAUUUGAGCUGCUCAAGGAACCAAAAUGUGUUAAGGUUCUAAUUGAGUUUUGA